UCUGAGCUCCAACACACCGGAUGAAGGUGAGCAGCUGACCGGGAAAACAGUCGAUAGACGCAGGCUAAAUUUAUCCAGUGUUGACAGUCCAGCCCGGCUGGAAGAAGACGUCGUUGUUAUUAUUAUUGCACGGUGCUCUUCGUUAUCCACAGUUCAUCUCCACACGCCGCUGUUGUGUCAGAGAAACAGCAUGGCCGAGCCCGCAGGAAAGAGAUUAAAGAGCAGCCUGCCGCUGUGCACAGCUCACCGGAGCUCCGCGGACGGCAGCCGGGCCAAGCACAACCUGCCGGCCGCCGUAGAGGAGGCUCUGUGCGGGGUGAGCAGCCUGCUGUGGGACGGAGCGUAUCGACUGCAGGCUCUGGCAAAUGUGUUUGAACAGGAUGAUGUCACUCUGCCCCGUGUCGCUUCUUUCUUCCACCAGGAGGCGCUGAAGCAGCAGGACGAGGCCGAGGCCAUGCUGGGCUACCUGGCUGAGAGGGGGGGCAACUUCUGUGGCAAGGACAUCCAGAGGCCGAGCUGUGAGGCAGUCUGUGCGGUGUUGCCUGCUCUCGAGCUGCUGCUGCUCCAGCUGAAGGAGGAGGUCAGUGUCAUGGUCGAGCUCAGCCAGAUGGCUCGUGAUCACGGAGACCCCACCACUGGCCACAUUGUCAAGAGCCACUUCCUGGUGCCCCGAGUGGACCGUCUCAAACUGCUGGGCAACCUGCUCACCAGCGCCCGCCGGGUAGGCUGUACCAACGACCAGAAGGGGGGGUUCGGGGAGUACAUCCUGAAUGAGCUCCAAGAAGAGCUCACCAGAUGAUCCACCGGGCUCAAAGGGAAGUCUUGAAAUGAGUCUUGUAUAUGAGAUAGGACAGUUUUCAAUAUCCUACUUGAUCAUUUUCGAUUCCUGUAGCUGUAGACAUAUUCGGGUUGAUAGCAAAGACAAUAUUUGUCAAUAACAUGUACAGAAUUGUUUAAAUCAGUUUUAAAUCCUUUUUAGAAUCUUUGAGUGUUUCUGAAAUACACAUGAAACCACUUAUAAAGUGACAAGUAUAUAUAUUUCCACUAAUAUCCUACUAUUUUACUUCAUUGUAGACUUGUAUAUUACAAAUGUUAUUUCAUUUGUAUCAUUUUACCCAAAUAUGUAGUAUUUAUUCAUGUUGUAUUUAAGUUUUGAGGUGUGAGAGGUCUAUGAAAUUGUAAAUAAAAUGUUUAUUUCUUUGA